UAUCUUCCCUUUACAAGACCCAAUCUCAUAGAAUUUAAGAAUUCUAGAAGCAUAAUCAUUUCCAAUGUGAUCUUUCAGAAUUCUCCUUUUUGGAACAUCCAUCCUGUUUAUUGCAGCAAUGUCGUUAUCCGAUAUGUUACUAUCUUGGCUCCAUUAGACUCUCCCAAUACUGAUGGAAUUGAUCCAGAUUCAAGCUCUAAUGUAUGCAUAGAAGACUCUUACAUCUCUACUGGAGAUGAUCUUGUGGCUGUGAAGAGUGGAUGGGAUGAAUAUGGGAUAAAUUAUGGUCGUCCUAGUUCUGGCAUCGUCAUCAGGCGAAUUACAGGAUCGUCACCAUUUGCUGGAAUUGCAGUUGGAAGUGAAACCUCUGGCGGAGUAGAGAAUGUCUUGGCUGAAGACAUUAACCUUUACAAUGUGGGAGUUGGUAUACAUGUGAAGACAAACAUUGGUAGGGGAGGAUUUAUAAGAAAUAUCACGGUGUCUGGUGUGUAUAUGGAAGGUGCCAGGAAGGGAAUAAAAAUAGCAGGAGAUGUUGGCGAUCACCCGGACGAGAACUUCAACCCCAAUGCUCUCCCAGUCGUAAAGGGCAUCACAAUUAAGAAUGUUUGGGGUGUGAAGGUCCUAGAUUCGGGUUCAAUAAAAGGCUUGAAGAACUCUCCCUUCACCGGAAUUUGCCUCUCCGACAUUAACCUUCAUGGUGUCAAAGGACCAACAUCUCCUCCUUUCAAGUGCUCUGAUAUAAGUGGAGUUGCUUAUCAGGUAAAACCAUGGCCUUGUUCUGAACUGACCAGCUCCCAACAGACUGGCUCAUGUUCUACUUACGUCUGAUUUGUUAUUUAUUCAUGUAAUUUUUCAACUCAAUUCAAAUUAUUAAUAAAGUUUGAUGAGUUUAUGCAUCAA